GACAUGCAGCAAGAAGAUUUGCUUAAGCUGUUCAGCGAAACAGUCGGUCCAGUCAAGAAGGCUUGGGUGCAGCGUUACAGGGACGCCACAAAGGUGAAGUCUCCAACCUCGCACAACCACCGCGGUUUCGGCUUCGUGAUUUUCCAAGAGUCCAACGCCGUAGACCGAUUCCUCGGUUCCGAUGUGUCCAAGUUCAUUCCUGUGAGAGACGGCCGCAAGUUAGAAGUAAAGCGAGCCAUUAGCAGUACCGACAUGCCCACUGAUGGUUUGAGGCGUGGGCCGGAAGAGUCUACUAAAGGACGUGCACUGCAUCCAGCAGAAGCAGCCAGUAUGUCCAUGCCACCAAAAAACCCUCAGAGAAACGGCAGUUGCAGCGGUCCACAGCCUCCGGCACCACGAGCAGAUGGAUGUGGAGGCGCAAUGGCCACGUCAGCUGCCGGACAAAGUUUUGGGAGCAUGGUGCAGCCGAUGUCGGGCAUCAUGAUGCCCUCGCCAGGGAUGAUUGUUUCCCAAGCAUCACCGUCACCAUCUCCAUGGCCAACCAUGGGUGGCGAACAUCAGCAAUCCAUGACGCCGCCUCCACACGUUCCGCCUGUGAUGCCAGCUGUUGCCGGCGUUCAGAUGGCUGCGCCAGCAGUGCGUGCUCAAGCAGGAGUGGUUAUGCGGCCUUCUCGGAAUAGUCGGAAAGUGAGUGAUGACAUGCCCUCCCAACUCGCGUAUGUGCUGACAUGUUGGGCGGCUCAAGGCCAGUUCCGCAGCACGCGCAUGCAGGUUUCAUGA